GCAGAUUCUCCUUCGUGCGUUGAAACCUGUGCGCGCUCGCGCAAGGUCGUGCAUUUCUACACGCAGUGCACUGUACAGGACUUUGUUGUGUUGGCACGACUAAUCCGUGAAUAACUGUACUGUACUUGGUGGUGAUCAAGACUGAUCCAUUCUGUGUCGAGAAGUGCCUCUUUCGCGGUCCAUCUGUCUCUCUGACAACCAGGAAGGAAGGAAGGGAGGGGAGGGAAGAAAAGAAAAGAAAAGAAAAGAGGAAAAUUGGUGCCCGAGCCUGACUUGGGGAUAUGGACCCGUACCCGUACGAGUACCCGGUGGCAUACGCCGCCGUGCCAACUUACGCGGGCUAUCAUUAUUACGUCGUGGAAACCGUGGCCGUGCCGCCGAUGAAGAAGCCGCCGCGGAACUUCAGUGCCUACGAUUUCUUCUUUGGUUGCUUCCGAGGAAGCACCGGAAACCCAUUUGAAGAUGCCAUCAGUGAGACGAACCCACGGGUGAUUGACGAUGCGAGGGCGAGGAAACUGGCGGCCGACCUGAAGAAGUGCACCUACUACGAGACGUGUGCCACGUACGGGCUGAAUGUCGAGAAGGUCUUUCAAGACGCGUGCCAGAAGAUCGUGCAGCACCGCAUGAUGCUGGGCUCCAUCCCGCGGUCCUCGACGCCGAACCACUUUGCGACGGCGUCCCGAUCUGCCGUGUGGGGCUGUCCGGGAACGCCGACGCCGUACCUGCCGUCGCCGACGCACGGAGGGCCGCCAGCGCUCAUCAUGUCGCCGCACGCGUCGACGGCGACGGCGUUCGGUCCUCCACCGCCACAGACCUACCACGCCAUGCCGCCUCCCGCUGCUGGGCCCCUGCCGCAGUUCCUCAAGUGCGAGUGCAAAACGUCGGGAGUUCGGCCCCAGGCGCGGAUCAACAAGCCAAGCACGGCGAAUGAUGCUUGGACUUGGUGGUGGGCCAAUGAUGUUCAUUCAUUAUCCCUGAGCUGCAAUUCCCACUGCACUGCACUGCACUGUGGAGUAUGUCGAAAAAAUCUGAGGCAAGAAACCAUUCUGCUCACCAAAGCCGGGGAAAGAAAAACUGCAGCCAGGAUUUUAGAAGCUCUUGGAUUUCAGUCUCGCGAUUGUUUGGGUUCCCCGACAAUUCGGGUGACCCGGACCGCAAAUUUGGUGGGCUGGGGAUUGGGCGAGGCCAAGGACUACCCUGGCUGGCUGUUGGACCGACCGGCGGAAAAGAAUAAGGGGGUGGUGUUGGUGCCAGGCGGCGGUGGUGGGAUGGAGCGAGCGACGAGCAGUGUUGGUGGGGUGUGUCUGUUCCCGACGCGGUACUCAUCGGGCACCCAACAACAACAACAACAACAAGUACAACAGCAACAACAACAACAUUGUGUGUCGGGCGGCGAGAACAACAGCAGUGGAGGCGAAAAGAGCGGCAAGACGUUUUCGGACGACAGGAGGAUGAUGCCGCCUCCGCUGCCGACGACGACGACAACUUCCUCGUCGUGCAUCGACCAGUUCCCGACCCCGUCAUCCACACCGACCACAUCGAGGGUCAAUAUGGACGACCUGGUCUCCACGUUCAACGCCUCGGUCGUCGUCGACGACGAGAAGGAUUCCAAAGACCAGAGUCAAAGGUGCGACGUUCGCUUGUGGCUCGACGUCCACUUUCUGCUCCUCAACGCGACGGCUGGACUCGAGAGACUCGCGUCGAUGACGGCGGAGGACGAGCAGCGGGAAUUGGAGGCGGCGGCGGAAGGGGACGAGGUAGACAAGAACAAAGCCGGCGAGAAUGAGGAGGCGUCAACGUUGACGACGUCUCCCGCUCUUGCGCAUCGUCUUCGUCGUCCUCUGCCCCCAGCUUACGUGGUGAACUUGGAGCGACGUCCGGAGCGACGAAGGCGGGUGGGAAAGAGUCUGGAGCUGCUGGGCAUGCGGACGACGUUCGUGCCGGCCGUGGACGGCAGACUCGUGUCCGACGACUGGCUGCAGCACCGGGGCAUUCGCAAGUUGCGCGAGAUCCUGGCUGAGGCAGAGGCCCUGGCUCCGCACUGGGACCUCAUCUACCUGGCCCGCAAGCACCUGCCUGGCACUUGGGACCCCGAGCCCGCUUUCCCGACUGCCCGCUACUUGCACACGGCGCCGUAUUCCUACUGGGCCGUGGCCUACGUCGUGUCGACACGCGGGGCGGAGAAGCUCCUGCGCCCGGGCCUGUUGAAGAACCUCCUGCCGACGGACGAGUACUUGCCGCUCAUGUUUGACCAGCAUCCCGUGCAGGCGUGGAAGGACAAGUUUCCCGAGCGGGACUUGGAAGCGUACGUCGUGGAGCCGAGUGUGGCAGAGCCCGUGUUCUAUCCGGGAGACUCGGACUACGUGUCGGACACGGAAGACUCGACACUGAUGAUGUUGUCGACGAUGAGUGGCGGUGGCUUGGUGCGGAUUGCCGGCACGUCGGACGACUGGAACACGACCACGUUCACGUUCGACCUCAUGCGGGGAUCGUACAGCCAGUCGACGACGACGACGGAAGCAUCUUCCCGGGAUUUUGUGGUUGUUGGUGGUGCUGCUGCUGGCACAGUCAUGCAGCCACGGGCGUCGGUUGUCGAGAGGAACUCGUCGUCCAUCUUUACCUCGGAUGAAUCGGCGAAUGUCCGUUUCAAAGACGGGGGCCUGCUUCCCGUGCCUUCUUCUUCUUCUUCUUCCUCGUCUUCUGUCAUGGGCAGCAACCGCGACGAACUGAAGAACCGACGGCGGUCGAACUUGUUCACGCCGAGCUCCAAGAAGGAGGAGGCCGAGAAGAAGGCCAAGAACGGGGAGCUGGGCGUGGGGCGGGCCAUCCCGGUCAAGCAGGGCCACCUCUACAAGCGCAGCUCCAAGACGCUCAACAAGGAGUGGAAGAAGAAGUACGUGACGUUGUGCGACGACGGCAGGCUUACGUACCACCCGAGUCUUCAAGAUUACAUGGACGACGUUCACGGGAAGGAAAUCGAUCUGCAAUGCACGACGGUCAAGUACGCAGGACAACACCGACCCCGCGUGCCUGCGACCAACGGUGUGUUGGACAUGUCGCACUUGUCCAUUUCCGAUCGGAACUGUGAUACGGAGAACUCGAUUGUGAUCAGCAGUCUGACGGUGAGCGGGAUGGACUCGCUGGGCUCGACGAGCGCGAUGCCGGUGGCGACUGCGAGUGCGAGUGCCAUGUGCACGCCGUCGAGCAGCAGCAGCAAGAAGCGCCACCGUCGCCUCAAGACGUCCAUCUCUCGCUCCAAGCACAGCCAUCACCACGACGACGGUGAUGAUUCAGACGGGUAUGAGUUCUUCAUCGUGAGCAAGGAUAGCAAGACGUGGCACUUUGAAGCUGCGAACGCGGAAGAGCGAGACGAGUGGGUACAGGCCAUCGAGCAGUGCAUCCUCACUAGCCUCCAGGGCAACGAAAGCUUCAAGGGGAAGAAUUCGGGAGCGGCGAAAGUCAAUAUGGACCCGAGUGCCAUCGUUUCGCUCCGGAAGGCGGUGGAUGGGAAUCUCAAUUGCUGCGACUGCGACGCUCCGAACCCGGAUUGGGCCAGUCUGAACCUGGGUACACUUAUCUGCAUCGAGUGCUCUGGAAUCCAUCGGAAUCUCGGCUCUCACAUAUCGCGAGUUCGCAGCCUGGGCUUGGAUGAGUGGCCGCCGGGACCAUUGGCCGUCAUGAUGGCACUCGGGAACCGCGUGGCCAACAGCGUGUGGGAAGGCGCCAUGAGGCAGCUGCAGAGGCCCGGGCCAGCGAGACCGACGCCGACGACGCCCCGGGAGGAGAAGGAGCGUUGGAUAAGAUGGAAGUACGAAGAGAAGCGGUUCCUCGCCCCAUUGUCGAACCCUGCCGGCAUUGGCCAGCAGCUCAUCGAUGCUGUCUGCAGAGGAGACGUGAAACACGUAUCGCUGUUGUUGGCACACUCGAAACCCGAGCACGUGAGCGUGACCGUCAGUUCCAGGGACCUGAGGACUCCGCUCCACAUUGCGUGUUCCAUGGGCAACUUGCCGAUUGUUCAGCUCCUGCUUUGGAACCAGGCGCAGGUGGUUCCGCGAGACCACGACGGCCUCACGUGCCUGGAACACGCCCACUGCUCGGGCAAUGCCAACGUUGAGGAGCUGGUGGCGCAGUACUGUGCUGCAAGCGGGUCUGGGUCCAUGCUGCAGUCACAAGCUAACGGAGCAGGGACCCACUUGCUCCAGCACUCCCCGUCUUCGGCACCUGGGCCAGGUGGCAACUCCUCUUUCUCCUUGUCGUCAUCAGGUGGAGCAGGACCAAGCACCGCCCUUACAUGUUCACCGUCGACGCCUCAGCAGCACCAGCAGCAGCAACAUCAAAUGCAUUCGCCUGCUGGCGGGGCACAGGCGAGGAGCCUCUUUUCCGGCCGGUCCUCGGUCAUGCGAUGCCAAGAAGGCAGCAAGGGCCCGAACGGACUCGACCCGUUCGAGAAGGUCCCGUCGUCGGUCAUAUGAGAAACGCUUUUGUAAUCGGCGGCGGCAAAGAACGACUCUUGUCUCUGUCUCUCUCUCUCUCUGUCUCUUUCCACGACAUGUCUCGUUUGAAAGAGUGUGUGUGUGUUUAAGUAAUGUGUCUCUACAUUGUUGUUAAUCUUUCGCGAAACUCAGGGUCACCUCGCUCCUCUGGCAAAUGCAGCAAGAGGCGAAAGAGAUGCACGAUUUGCGUGUCCAGUGCUGAGUUGCAUUUUUUGGUAGCCGCCGAUUGAUGGAAGCAUUUCGUGUCAUUACCACCAAAAUAUACUGUAUUUCGUUCCUCUCUUCACGAAGUGUGUGUGUGUGUGUGUGUACCUGUGCAAGUGCGUUCGAUACGGAUCAACUUUCAAUCCAGUUCCGCUCUAAAGCGAGAGACGGAAACGAUGGCCACCAAAGUGCGCUGGUGAAUUUUUGAGCGGCAGGGACUACCUGAUGGAUUCAUUCAUUGAUUACACUUCGAAGAGAACGAUUCAAGCGGGGCUGGGAAAAGUGGAAAUAAUUAUUCCCAACAUUUCCAAACGAACCACAUCACUUUUACUCAAAGGUCAUCAAGUGAUUCAUGAUCUCGGAAAAGAAAAAAGUUACGAAAUCCCUACGGUUCUUGUUGGUCGCGAUCAAGUAUGGAAAAUUUUCGUAUUCCGGGAGAGACGAAAUUAUUGGGAGCGACGUUUGUUUUUGGAGCGUGUCUUUUACCCGUUUGUCGGGAUGUUACGUUAGCUUUUUCGUUUGAUAAUCAUAUCAAGUUUAUCUGCGAGCGAAUUCUGAAAGAAAAAGAGCAAAUGGAACGUGAAAAAUUUGUGUAAUGA